AUGCGCCUCUCGAGCUUCCUCGUCCUCCUCGCAGCUGUGCUGGCCACGGCUGCUACUCCCUCCCUCAGCCGCCCUCUUCAAGCCUCGCAGGCGAUGAAUGAUAGCCAAAUCCUCGUGUCUCCCUCUGGUAGGGCAGGUCAAGGAGCCAUCGAUGGCCAAGUCGAAGCCGAAGAGGUCGACUCCACUGCGCUUGAACGCCCAGGCGCGCUCAGCCUGCUCCUCUGGCAAGUCUUGAGUGGGUCGACAGUCAGCAUGCAGACAAGGGACAGAUCUGCUGUCAACUGUCCAAGUUAUGGAAAGUACAGAUCGUGCCUUCCGAAUAAGAACGCCGGACCUCAUCAGCACUGCGACCAAUACACGAGGGAUUGUGGGUUGAAGAAGGGGAAGAAAGCUGGUAAAGCUGGCCGGCUCUUCGACCCAUCGCAGAGUCCUAAAGCGAAAGCGGCACCAAAGCCGGAGGCCACUCAAAACGAAGCCGCCUCGCAGGCUGCUGCAGCUCAGGAGGAGAAGAAGGUUGCGAAGCCUGAGGCCGACAAAGAUGAGGCCGACAAAGACCUUUCGCAAGCCGCUGGAGCUCAAGAGAAGGAGAAGGCUGCAAAGCCGGAGGCCGCUGAGAAGGAAGCUGAUCAAGAUCUCUCGCGGGCUGCGGGUGCAGAAGAGGAGGAGGUAGAAGAGGAGGCGCGACGCCGUGAGAACUACGAAGCGCGAAGCAGCAAGGGAAGGGAGGACGAGACGCUCUGGACGUGA